AUGUCUGAAGAGGAGAUUGCAACAGAAAUACAGCAACAAGGUGUGUCGUCUGUUAAACGAUUUACCAGGAAAGAAGGCGAUACCAUCAUCAAGACCAACACGUAUCUGUUUACGUUUGCUCUUCCAAAGAUCCCUUCCUCUGUCAAAGCUGGGUACUUUAACAUUGGUGUGGAUGUUUACAUUCCCAGCCCACUCCGGUGUUUUCACUGCCAACAUUUUGGACAUCGUGCAAAAUCCUGUCAUGCCACCCAAAUUUGUUCACGCUGCAGUAAACAUCAUGAUGGCACUGAUUGCACUGAUAACAUCAGGUGUGCCAACUGCGGCGGCGACCACAUGUCCUCUUUCAAAUCGUGUCCUGCUUUUAUGAAACAAACAAAAGUUCUAAAACUAAAGUACACAAAUGACAUCUUUGCUGAUGCCAAGAAAUUGGUUGAUCAGGAAUCUAAUCCUUCCUCUUCUACACUGACUUAUUCUGCUGCAGUCUCCUUUUCUCCACUCAAAGUGGAUACUGGAUGCCAAACGGCUAUAAACUUGAUUUCUGACGAACAGACCAUCUUGUAUGAAGUUCAUGCUGACAAAAAAUCCCCAACUUCAUCAGCAGCUUCACAAACUGAGCUGUUAAACGACUCUCUUCCAGACUCUAUUCCUAAACACGAAACUCGUAAAUCUGUUCCUUAUAUGAAACCAAAUGUAUCUUCGACAAGAAAAGAAAAAAAACAACAAAAGAAAAAAGAAUCCAAGGCCCUCAAACACAUUGAGGUGCCUUCACCUUUAACUGUCCCACUAGAGGUUCAAAACCCUUUUGAACCUCUAGCUAUGGAGGUCCCUCCACCGCUGCCGUUACAGCAGAGAGGACCUUCCCCACGCUCGCGAUCUCCAGUUGAACCCCCAUGA